CAGGGGACGCACCAUAAACCUGUCUUCACGUUGACAAUUUUAACAUAUUAGGCAAAAUUAAGACUUGGUUCUCAUACAUUAUACUGUGUAUGUUCUUGUGAUGAAUAGGAAAUAAUAUGGCGACAUAGUAGUGUAGAUUACUUGCGAUAAAAGGUGAUUAUUCAAUGUGAGACUAGGCAACUAUGGUCAGUCUCACUAACCAAGCAAGGUGCUACCACAGCUCAGGCACCAUGAGUGAACAGUGCUACUGCCUGCGCUGGAACAACUACCAGAGCAGUGUAGUGGGUGUUCUGCGCAGCCUGCUUGAAGAAGGCCAGUUUGUGGAUGUCACCCUGGCAUGUGAUGGACGCAGGCUCAAGGCACACAAGCUUAUGCUUUCAGCUUGUUCCAACUUUUUCCGGGAACUGCUAAGAGAAAAUCCAAGUGACCAUCCAAUUGUGUUCCUGCGAGAUGUAAGGUUCUGGGAACUGGAAUCCAUCAUGGAUUUUAUUUACAAUGGACAGGUCAAUGUGAUGCAGGACCAACUACCAGGCUUCAUCAGGACAGCUGAAGCUCUGCAGAUCAAGGGUUUGGCAGCUGUUAACAAUAACAACAACAAUAUACAUGCCAAGCCUCCAGAUCCAAGGCUAUUCUGUGGUGAGGGUGGACGUUUGCCGGAACACUACUACCUGGGAGGAGGAGCAGAAGUUGGAGACCUGCACCAACCACCUCCCCUCAAACGUCCCCGUCGCCCACCUCCACCCACCCACACCCUUCUCCCUCCAAGGCCUGAGAACCCUUCCCCGGUGUCCAAGCUAGAUGAUCUCCCUUCUAAAGCUGCCAUGGCCCCCACAACUCCAGGUCAAGGGUCUCCCAAAACUUCAGCAACAACCUCAGAUCCAAGUAGGAGUGACCCUGCCACAGCCACUGCUGCCCCAGGUACCACUGCUCUCUCUGCCUCCACACCCUCAGGUGUGACCUCAAGUCCCAAAGGGGCCAGUGUUGGUGAGCGGCCAGGUGGAUUGGUGAAAUUGGAAGAAGAUCGUACCUCUACUCCAACUGAUGCCGAGUCAGAUACUGAGUUUGGAACUUCAGAAGGGACAGGAAUAAGCGGUGUGGAUGGAGGUAAAGAUGGUGAUUGGGUAUUGGGAGAGAGUCCCGCACCUCUCAGCCUUAACUUAAACUACAGUGAUGGAGGAUUUCCUGUGUGUAAGGUGUGUGGGAAGGUCUUCAAACAUCAAGGCUCCCUUGUUGCCCACUACCAGGUACAUCAACUAAGAACCAAGUGCCCAGUGUGUAAGAAGGUGUUGUCACGUCACUACCACAUGAAGGUGCAUCUAUUAACUGUUCACAAGGUGCCUGACGCAGAAAUCGAGGGACUUCUUCGAAGCCAGAACAUUGCUUGAGGAAAGAUGAUAUUAGUGUGUGCUCAGAGGCGUCUGUGUGACUGUUUGUGUAAUUGUAUUUACCAAUCUUUGGUAUUGCAGAAUUUAAUAGAGCUCGUUAUGUGAGUGUGUAUGUUUAUGCACAUGUGAGUGUGCAUGUUCAUGUGUGUGUGGAAGCAUGAUUAUUUGCUUGUGCACAUUUUUUAUUAGAUGUGCUGUGUAAGUGUAAUAUUAUGUAGAGAUGUGUAAAUAUUUGUAUUCUUGCAUCAUAAUAGUGACUAUUUUGGAUCCUAAUAAGAUAGUGUUUUAUGGUUACCAUACUUAAGAAAAUAUUUCUGAAAAUAAGCAGUACAGAAAAGUCUAGUCCAAAUACAGCUAGAGUUAUAGUUUAUUCUUUUUUUUUUCUUUCAUAUAUCUGGGAGAAUACAAUAGUUACCACAGUAAUGCAGCCAGUGGGGAAAAUAUUGAGUGACAUUAGUGUGGUAAUUGGUGCUACAUCUGUUUUUCUGUAUUUAUAAAUUUUUAUGCCAUAUCAGGAAAUUUGUUUUCACUUCCAGAGAUUAUUUCUUAAUGGUAAUCCCCAAAGAUUUUAUUGAAACAAUUUGGAUUAUGAAGUCCCAUAAUGAAUUAAAAUGCAUUGGCAUUCUUACAAAAACAAUUUUGUCAUUCUUGCCAUUGAUAGCACACCACACUUGACCUCCACUUGACCCCUCACUCUCACCAGGUGCUUUCCAGGUGCUUAAUAUAAGUGACCUUUUUGUUGUGAUUGUUCUAAAUAUUUAUUAUGUGGUUAACUUUGAAUGGAUGACUAAACAGUUACCAGGUGCUUGUAGGUGUGUGUGUGUGUGUAUGUGUGUGUGUGUGUUUUAUCUAUAAAAAAAAAGUCUAUAAAUAUAAUGAGUACAAUGGU